GCCCCUCCCGCCAUCGUGCCGAAGGCUACCUUCCGGGAGAUGGAGAAGGCCGCCCAGCGGCUGACCCAGAGUAUCGGCUACAUCGGCGCAGGCACGGUGGAGUUCUUGUACAACGCGAAGACAAACGACUUCUACUUCCUGGAGCUGAAUCCGCGCCUGCAGGUGGAGCACCCGUGCACCGAGGAGGUCACCGGCGUCAACCUGCCCGCGACGCAGCUGCAGGUGCUCAUGGGCAUCCCUCUGCACCGCAUCCCGCAGAUUCGCGCUUUCUAUGGCAAGGCGGAGGACGAUGCCACGUCCCCGAUCGAUUUCUUGGAGGAGAACUACGUGUACCCGAAGACGCACGUGAUCGCCGCCCGGAUCACGGCGGAGAACCCAGACGAUGGUUUCAAGCCCACCAGCGGCAAGAUCGAGCGUAUUAAGUUUCAGAGCUCCGUGAACUGCUGGGGCUACUUCAGCGUUGGCUCCAACGGCGCCAUCCACGAGUUCGCCGACUCGCAGUUCGGCCACAUCUUCGCACGCGGAAAGGACCGCGAACAGGCCCGCAAAAACCUGACGCUCGCCCUGAAGCAGCUGGAGGUCGUGGGCGAGAUCCGCUUUCCCGGCGAGUACCUGGUGGAGCUGGCCAACACCCAGGCGUUCAAGGACAACACCAUCACCACGUCGUGGCUGGACGAGCUCAUCAAGCAGAAGAGCGUCAAGCUCAAGUACAACAACCUGGACGUGGUUUUCUACGCGGCCGUGUACCGCGCCAUGAACACACUGAAGGAGACCGAGGGCGCCCUGCUGGCGGACCUGCAGAAGAGCCAGCUGGGGCUGCUGCGCCAGGUCGGCAGCAUGAACAGCUUUCCCAUCGAGAUCACAUUCGAAGGGUACAAGUACGAGUUCAACUUCCGCCGCACUGGCCCAGACCAGCUGGUCCCUGCCUGGUGGAGCGCGGCUUCUGCUAGCAAGCCAGCCGAGUAA